ACACAAAGCGUAUCAAAAUGGCCGAUUUGCAAGAUUCGAUGGGUGGCGAAAAUGGGUUCGAAAACCGUAACGCUGGGAGGUCAAGAUCCAGGUCUCGUUCUAGGUCAAGAGACCGUGACAACCGCCGAGACAGGCGGGGGCGGGAUCGUGAAGACCGAAAACCUCGAACAGAUAACCUUAAGAGCAAGAGAGUCUACAUCUGUAACCUCCCAUAUGAAGCAAAAUGGCAGGAUAUCAAGGACUUGAUGAAAAAAGAAGUCGGCGAUGCAUAUGUUGAACUGUAUGAGGACAGCAAUGGAAAGGCUUCUGGAUGUGGAUGUGUUGAGUUCAGAACAAUUGAGCUGGCUAAAGAAUGUAUUGAAAAGAUGUAUCGAUAUGAGUAUAAGGGACGAGGUCUUGUUGUACGAGAGGAGAAAGAUAAAGACCGAGAACGCCAUGGUAAAGACAGUGACCGAGGGAUGAGUAUGGGCGGCGGAGGCUACGGUGGUGGUGGAGGCGGAGGCGGAUAUGGCUCUGGAGGAUAUGGCGGCCGCGACUCGGGCUUUGGUGGUGGUGGUGGUAUUGGCAGUAUGAGCUCUAUGCAGUCAAGUGGUCCACCAAGUCUGAGCUCCUAUGCCGGCCAUGAUCAUUAUGGCAUUCCUGUGGAAAUUCUGAUGGAGUUGGAUAUUGUACCACCGCUUGUCAGCCAAGUUUUUGUUUCAAAUCUUCCAUACAAGAUCUCGUCUGAAAGGUUAAAGGAGGUAUUCUCAGUAGCUGGCAAUGUGUUGCGUGCAGACAUCCUCACAGACGAAGAUGGCAAGAGCAAGGGCAAGGGAAUUGUGGAGUUUGAGAGUCCAAGAGAAGCUGUUGAAGCUAUUGCACUGUUAAAGGACCAAUUGCUUGUUGAUCGCCAGAUGUGUGUACACAUGGACAAGAAGGCAAAAUGUGGAGAGGAGAAACGUCUGCCUGCUGGUCUAAAGACUGUGGGAAAGAGUAUCUCACUGAGAGGAGCAAGAUAUGGUGGUUCUUGUAUGUCAGACUUUGGUUCCAGCUCUGGUAUGGGUGGUAGCUCAGGAAUGGGGAGCUCGGGCAUGGGAAGCUCUAUGAUGGGUUCCAGUAUGAUGUCUGACAACAUGAACAUGAUGGGUAAGCAGUCACUGGGUAACUAUGGUAGCAGCAAUAGUAUGCUUGGCAGCGGAAUGAGCAGUAUGGGCAACAUGGGUGGUAUGUCAAGUAUGUCGGGCAUGAACUCAAUGGGCAGUGGCACAUCAAGCGGUUUCGGCAGCGGCAUGAGUAACCUCAGCCAGUUCUCAUCCUCGAUGGGAAAUUUCGGAAUGGGUUCUGGAAACAGUAUGCUUGGCAAUACAGAUUCAGGUUUUGGCAGCUCCGGCAUGAGUGGAAUGAGUAACUAUGGGAUGAGUGACAUGAGUCGAAACAUGGGCAUGAGUGGUAUGGGCAUGUCGAGUAGUAUGAUGAACAGCAGCAUGGACUCUGGUAUGUCAGGGCGGUCGAGUGGCCGCGGUGAAGCCAGACGGAACGGAGGAGGUGGUGGUGGUGGCGACUCUGAUGACUACACGCUGAUUGUGAGGAAUCUGGAUUAUAAAGUCAGCUGGCAGGACCUGAAGGAUCACUUCAGAUCAGUUGGUGAAGUGAAGUAUGCCAAGAUCAAGAUGGAAGAUGGAAAAUCAUCAGGUCAAGGCAUUGUACGAUUCCGGACACUCUCAGAAGCAGAAAAGGCCAUCAACCAAUUUAAUGGGUCAAAAUUCAACGGACGUACACUGCGGCUAAAGCUGGACGAUGGCAAGUAGACAGUUUGGUCCAGUCUGAAUCGGAUUUUCUCGGUUUUCGGCUUCUUAGGACUUGAUAUUUGUGCAGUUGUUUUUCCUUGAAUUGACAGUUUGAGACGAGUCCGGAUUGAGUCGUUCACAUUGUCUUGUUUCCUGCUGGGGAGAACAUCUGUGGAGAACUUAACUUAGAACUACUGUCAUCGUCAGAUCCUUUAGUAUACCAGUCAUGUCUGGGUUCUAGAUUAGCUGGAUUCUGAAUUCAUUAUAUUCAUCCGGCUGCUACCAUCAUCAGUACUUAUCUGCAAAUCAGUGCAGUGGUCAGAAGUAUCGUUUGUUCAUUUCUAGAAGACAUAUUUCAGGGUCAGAGUUUCUCGUCUCAUCUUAUAUUUCCACCUGAUCACUAACCUUUAAAAAGUUGAUACAUUUAGAUUUGAAAUGGUCAGUUUUUCGAGUUCCUUACUGGCCCUCCACUCUGAAACUUUUGACGAAGAAACUUCUUUUCUGUUGGGACUUCAAAUUUCGAUAUGUUCUAACAGUUUAAAUUCCAAGGCUUUUUCAGGAAAGAUUGGUGUAAAACAAGAUUUGGUCAGGUCAAACACAAUAUUUCAGUUGUUUCAUACUGGUCUGAGGAAACAUAUCUUUCUGAGAUCGAGUGCGAGUAUUGCACUAUUAAACUCUUGACGUCUGACCUUUCUCAUCAUUGACAUUAAUCAUGAUAUUGUAGAUGUUUCAGAACGCUUGUAAUCAUGUCAGUCACUUUCUAUUGACUUGCUGUCGCGUGGUGUCUUUGUGCGUAUCUUGUGAAUCAGAAUAAGUCAUUUUUAGACCCCACAUUUAAUUCUCUUGUUACUGUGUUUAAUUCGUCGUAAUCAUUAUUCAGCUCAUUUAUAAAUCCUGUUAGACAGUAAAAAUCUGCUAAAAUUGAACUGUUGUUUUGAGACGCGUUGUCAAUUGUUUUGAAUCCAGUUAGCCUUUGUUUAUUUGAUUGGUCCUUGGUACUCGAUCAUGUGAUGCCCUCUAGAAACUUUCAGAAUAAAGUGGAUUUUAUGUAGAUGUGACUGAAUUUGAAUCUUGUCUUGAAAAUUGUUUGGCAGGUCAAUUUGUUUCUGCACAUGAUGAUGUUGCCAUGGCCUCUUUAGUAAUGUACUCAUCAAUUUGUGAGAAUAAAGUGGAUUUCAUGUUUUAUAUUGUCACGAAA